UCGUGAACGCGCUCAGCUCUUCUUCCGCAGAGCAUCGCACAGCAGCAGUCAGCGCGCCACACUGCUGGGAGGAUGGAUGGAGCGGGCUCGUUUGGAGCGGGCCGAACCGGUUCGGCAUUUGAUCUGAUUGCGUUCAUCAAACAGCCACAGACAGUCCUAAGAGUCCUGGCAUGGAUCUUCUCCAUGGUGGUCUUUGCUUCUAUAAUAAAUGAGGGCUAUGUGAAUAUGGGCAGCGAGCGACUGCACUGUGUCUUUAAUAAGAACGCAGAUGCCUGUAACUACGGCAUCACUAUAGGAAUAAUGGCUUUCUUAGCAAGCAUCUUCUUCCUGGCCCUGGACAUCUAUUUCCCCCAGAUCAGCAGUGUUAAAGACAGAAAGAGAGCAGUGCUGUUGGAGAUGGUAUUUUCAGGAUUCUGGACGUUCCUUUGGUUUGUAGGAUUCUGCUUUUUGGCCAGUCAGUGGAGUCAUACGUCCCCUCAAGAGCUGCCGCUGGAGCAGGCGUCAGACGCGGCACGCGCAGCUAUUGCCUUCUCUUUUUUCUCAAUCCUGACCUGGGCGGGCCUUACGGUGUGUGCUGUUCAGAGGUUCCUGCUCGGUACUGACUUGACACUGUUCACCACCGAGCACAUGGGCGAACAGCCGCCCAAGCAGCCGUACCCCUCCAAUGAUGUAAUUGGUCAGACCACCAUCCCCGUCAAUGCUUACCAGAGUCCACCGCUCAUCGAAACCGUGGAGACCCGCCCCCCUGGAUACAAGAUCGCACCUGCAUUUUAAUCCACAACCAAUCAGAAGGCAAGGAAUAUAGCAGCGCUAAAGGACAUAGACUGCCGUCAAUGUUAGCUAAAUGUAAAUGUAUCGUAUCUCGUUUUAGUAGCGGGGUGGCGAGGGGAUGAUGCUCAGCUCUGUAGUCCACACUAUAAUACAGUCUGAUAAUGCAGUCUCACUUUAAAGCAAAGAUGGAUGUUUUGGGUUGAUUGUCAUUGCCUUCCCAAAUGUUUUACAUUCGGCUAAAAAAAAAUCAUUGUCAAAAUCCCCAUGUGCUACUUAUUUAGUAACUCAAUUUAUUAUUAUUGUUUAUUUAAAGAAAUGAAAAAUAAUUAAAGGUGCACAAAGUAUUGUCUGUUGCAUCAUGCAAAAGCAGAAGAUGUUUUGGUGAAUAAAUAAUGACAGAAUAUUUUAAUCACUUUAAUUUCGGUAAUUUGGAAAAAGUGAAUCUAAAUUAUGACAGUUUUUUGACCAGUGCAUAUUAAAAAUUAUUUACAUCAAUUUUAAAUAAGGUAAGUUGAUUAAAUAAAAUAUAAAUAUUAGUUGAAAAACUUAAAAAACAUAAACGAAAAUUUGAAACGUUGCCUUGG